AUGGAAAUUCAAGAAACACAAGAAGCUGAUAUACAAAUUAUAAGACAAGAAUACCAAGAGUAACCCCUAAUUAGAUUUCAAGAGCAAGCUAAAGAAUACGAAGAGGCCCUUGAAGCUGAAAUUACAGAAAAGCAAGAAAAGCUUGAAAAUGCCUUGAGGAAAAUCGGUGAACUUAAGUUAGUUAGUUAGUUAGUUUUAAAUGGCCAUACGUCGGCGAACCAGCGGACCACAACACCUCAGCUCGAAAGAUGGCUUCCGGUCGGGUUCUGAUGCGGCCAUACUCCCAGGCCGAACGUCAUCUUGAUUUCUGUUCUGAACCACCUGUCCAGAGGAUCAGCUCCUCAGGUCAGAGCCACUUCUUGGAGAGUACCCCGAUGGUCCCGGUAAGGGAAGACCAUGUGGUAGGCUAAACCUGUCUAGCCCAUCUGGCAGGGACAGGAAAACCUUCGGGGGAGGAAUAAAACUUCCUUUUCGGCGCGGCUUCCCCACCUCUGAAGGCCUACUUAAGACAGGGAACGAGGCCCUAUAUUUCAGCUUCAUCAGAAAUGGGUCCUACCAGCUCUAUAGGAGGUGUGCCUCGGAGUCUAAUUUCAGUCUACGUCACCAUUUUAUUUCUCGAUGAACUUAAGGAAUCUUUAAGUCAUAUAAAACAAAAGUAUGAUAAAGAUGAAAAAGAGUUAGCGUGAUAUCAAGGGGAACUGGAAAAAUUAAAAAGCACUCUAAAAAAAUGUGAAGAACAAAAACGAGCUCUAGAACAGUUAAAUGAUCAAUGGGAAAACACAGUAAGGGCAUUGGAGUUUUCAAAGCAAGAUUUAGAAGAAAAGCUCUAUCAAGCUGAGGAAAAUUCUAUAUUAUAUCAAGAAGAGCUAUCCGAAUACAAAAUACAAACAGAAAUUGAAAUUCAAAGGCUUAAAGAUCAAUGCAAUGAACUAAGUCAAGAAAUAGAAUCUUUACGAUCUCAAGCUGACAUGAAUCAAGUAAGCUCACUUGAAAAAGAAGUUUCAGAACUUCUGUUUCAAAGGGACGAGCUCCAAAAACUCCUAGAGCAAAAAGAAAAUUCUAUAUCCCUCAAUCAUUCUUCAGCUUUUACUCCGAGAAGUAUGCAGUCCAGUUUGUCCUUUCCUGAGCCGAAAAAGGCACAAAUUAAAGUGCUAGUUAGGAUUAGACCAGCACAAAAUAAGUUAAAGCCUUGCAGUUUGACAUGUUUUUCUGGGGAAAUCCAAACAAAUCCGACAGUUGAAAAACUGAAAAAUCAGCGGAAAACUUUUUCUUUUGAAAAAGUGUUUGGACAGAACGCCAGCACAAAUGAAGUGUUUCAAGAAAUUAUGCCGAGUAUUGAAAAAGUCAGUCUGGGUGGUAGGACUUGUAUAUUAGCGUAUGGACAGACUGGAUCAGGCAAGACGCACACAAUGAGCGGAUUAAUAGCAGAAUCUUUAUCGCAUCUCAGUAAAUUGCUGAAAUGCGAAGAAACCAAAGUAUCUAUACAAUGUAUUGAAAUCUAUAACGAGCAAAUAAAGAAUUUACUCAGACAAGAGCCUAACAUCAAAAAUUGGAUGGAAAAUGUAAAUAUAGCUGACAUGAAGUUUGAAGGCAAUUGGGUGCCAGAAGUGAUUAGAACAGUAAACGAAGCUUUUUCUAAACGAAUUACUAAAUCAACACAGUCAAAUGAGAACUCAUCAAGAAGUCACAUGGUUUUCACCUUAAUAAUUUCAUUCAGAAAUUACGAAGGAACAAUUCAGUUUGUCGAUCUUGCAGGAAGUGAAAGGCUUAAUAAAAGUCAAACUAAAGGAGACACAUUAAAAGAAACAGUCCAAAUAAAUAAAUCUCUCUCUGCAUUAGUUGAUGUAAUUGGUGCAUUAGAAAGCAAGCAGUCACACAUUCCUUAUCGAAACUCUAUGCUAACAAAAGUUCUAAAGCCAACCCUAGGAGAAACUGAAACUGACGUGAAUGCUAUUAUGAAUUGUAGCCCAGAAAUAGAAAAUUACAAUGAGGCAAUCUGUACACUUGAGCUUGGCUCUCGAUUAAAGUCUGUUGAUCUUGAUUGGGUAGUUAAAAGAAAUAAAACAAGCCAAGAGCUCGAAAAAACUUUAAAAUUACUUGGAAAAGAAAGAGAUGAGAAAGCUAUGCUUGUGGGGAAAUUAGAAAAAAUGGGGAAAGAGAUUGAUGAAUUGGAGAAAGGAAUUAAAGAAAGGGACACCAAAUUGAGUACUUUGAUGAAUAAAAUUAAAGUAAAGGACAAAUCAAGUAUUGAAGAGGUUGAGAAUUUAAGAAAAGAACUGAUAAAUCUUAAGAAAUCUCAGGAUUUGAAUAUUUCAAAAGCAAAAGCAGGAGCUAUAAAAACAGAAACAGAAGUAAAAAAAAAGAAGCAAGAAAGCAUUAUAACGAAGCAUAAAGCUCAGUCUAGCAAAACUGAACUCGAGGUCUCAAAGAUGCAACUUGAAAUUGUAAAUAAAACUUCAACAGAUUUUAAUAGAAAGAAACUUUUAGAGCCAAAAAAUAAACCAUCAAUAUCCAGCAAAACAGAGAUAGAAAAAGAAUUUAAGAGAGCAGUAGAAAUCAAAAGCAAAAAAGCAGAGCUAGAAGAAUUCAAAAAGCCAGUUGAAAAUAAAAAUCGAACACUAGUAGCAAAAAAAGAAGAUAGCCAGGUUUUCAAGAAACCGCUCGAAACAAAAACAAAAAUUCAUAUAAUCAAAAAAGUUAAAGAAGACUCAAGCAAACCCCUAGAAUUCAAAACAAAAAUACAAGUUACUAAAAAAGGAGAAAAUGGAGAGCUCAACAAAAUUAUAGAAAAUAAUUCCAAAAUGCAUUCUAAUAAAAAUGAAGAAAGUGGAAGAUUAAAUUUAAAAGUUGAGAUAGCAGAAAUUGUAAAUAAAAUAGAUAAGAGAGAAAUCAAGGAGCAAGCUGAAAUUGAAACGCCAAAGUAUAGGGUUGUUAAUAAAAUUGCUAACUCCCCCCCCCCCCUCCGUGAGCGAACAAAACCAUUAGAAAAAUCGCCAUUUUUUGACCAAAAACCCACCCUCCGUGAGUGAACAAAAAUUUUUUUAAUAGAAAAAAUUUUAAUGGAAAAAAAUUUUGAUAUAUAAGUGAUAAUUAGUAUAAUGAAAUCUAGAGCUAAUUCUGUUUAAUUUUAAACAAAUUGCGUUUUAAAACAUAAAUUUUGCAAAUUAAAUUAAUAUUUGCUUCCCAAUUUUUGCAAAUUAGGAUUUUUUUAAAUUUCGAAAAAAAUAUUUUUUAUAAAAUUUAUAUAUAAAUUUUUUUUUAAAAAAAAAAAAAUAACCCCCCCGUGAGCGAACAAAAUUUUUUUGUUCGCUCACGGAGGGGGGGGGGGGAGUAAAGAAGAAGUGAAGAAGAUACGGGAGGCAAAUAAAUCUAGAGGGAAAAUGGUUACAAAAUUAGGAAAAGAAAAUCUAGUGAAGGAACAUUUAGACAAUAAUCAAGUUGUAGAAAUAAAAGCAAAACAAGAGUUUGAGAUUCAGCCUAAAUUCAUAAUAAAGCAUGAAUCAAAUGCGAAAAAGCUAAACUCAUCUAUUUUAGAAAGCAGCUCUGAGUUUAAAAACCCUGCUUCAGAGUCACAAACUCAAACUGAAUGCAAAAAUUCUGAGUUUCAAGCUCUUCUUGAAUUUAAAAAGCCAACUUCUGAGUCGCAAGCUCCAUUUUUAAUUCAGCCUAAAGGUCGUUCAAAAAUUCCAGCACCCAAAGGUAAAAUUUUGAAUAAUAAUUAA